ACAACGACAGCCACGACGAGACACAAAAAAAAGACGACACGCCAAGCACCAAAUUACGACUUACGAUCAACGACUGACAACUGACAAAGACUUCUCCAGGACUUAAGGUUGCUAUUUACCUUUUGCGUUUCACGAGUCUGCCGCCUGUCGCUUGAGCGUAACUCAUCAGGCAUGGCUGGAUUGUGGAUCCUGGACCGGAGACUUAACUCAUCGCUCAUCCUGCCUUAGCUUGCGUCCUUUUUUUCUGUGCUUAUAUGCUAAAUAGCACUUGCAUAUGCGUUACUUAGAUAGACAACUACAUCCUACAAUACGUAGCGUCAUAAUAGUUCUUCGGGGAUACGGGGUCAGGUGUCGGGCCAGGCCAAAAGAAUUUCACGUGAAGUCACCUGAAAAGAAGAAGAGCCUGGAGUCCGAUGAGCGGAUAAUUUCUGGUCUUCUGGAUUCUAGACCCACCCGUUUGUCAGUCCGUCAUGCCCGCAGUCGACAGACAGCAUUGACGAUCAGCGAAGUCCUCUGAUGAAAAUAAAACAUCCAGAAAGUAGGAGAGAUAGAAGAGCAUACAACAGCAGCAUACUUACUAAGUAGUAGCUGUUGUACCAAUAUUAUAAAGAGACGAGAAUCUGGAGUCGUCGCGACUAACUACUAAUUUAUCGUUAUCCUAUCAUCAGCUAUCAAAUGACAGGCCCGGCAACAUCUUAGAGGCUCGGCAAAGGGGGGAGAAUCGAGGUGGGCCUCUCUUCCAUUUUUCGUCUCCUCAACUACGUAUAUCCCAGAGUCUGGAAUCUUUGAGCUGGGAAGGCACCUUUUGUUGAUAACUGUACUGAUACGCUUUACGUUGCGUACCACCACGCUACGUGGUGAAUACUAAAGGUCCGACGUCUGACGACGUGCCGUGCUGUUGUACUUUUUUGCAUGUUACUGUUCUGGCCCCAUUAUAUAGGGUAGACAUGUUUUUUCCCGUCAUCAGCCAGUCUCUUUUAUAUGGGCUCUCGCAAUCAUACAUUAGUAAUCCAUAAUAAUAAAAGCAAAUCGACAGUCCAUUUCGUUCUGAAAAUUCUUCUCGUUACCACUGCCAUCUCCUCCAUUGGACUAUAGAUAUUCGGGAUCGAUAUUGGUACCACUACUCCCUGACAGGGUCUCACUCCAUUCUGAUGGCCUUUUCUGCAGCCUAUGUGCCAUCGUCUCCGGGGCCAGGGGAGUACAACCCUCCAUAUCCGGGCUACAUCAUCUAUUCUUCAACUGUACGCCCUCCAUUUUCACAGGGAUCGCCAACAACUAUCAGCUGGGAAAGAAAUUUUGAAAAAUUUAUUUGUGAAAAUGAUGCUAAGAGCCACAAAUGGGACGAAUUGAUGACUUUCAACUCGUAUGCUGUACGAUCACCCUCUCCUUCAGAUUCGCGAAGUUCGGACGCCAUUCCCUCCAAAUCCCCUCCGAGGUCCUCACACGUCUUCUCCAAAGUAAAAUCUACAAACAUCUUGGGAGUAUUUGGUUUGUCUGUCCGCACCACCGAAAGGGAUCUUCAGGAUGAAUUCAGCAGACAUGGAGAGAUUGAAAAGGUUGUUAUCGUGUAUGACCAACGGACCGGCAGGUCUCGAGGUUUUGGCUUCAUCACCAUGAGGUCGAUUGAAGACGCUACCCAAUGCAUCAACAAGCUAAACGGGUUCACCAUCCAUGGACGUAAUAUCCGAGUCGAUUAUUCUGCGACACCCAAACCGCACGACCCUACACCUGGACAGUACUUAGGGCCGAAGACAACAACAAUCUCCGACGAAAGACUGUUAUCCCGAUGUGGUCGAUACGACGACUUUCUAGAGAUGGACGGAUCACUUCACGGCGCAAGUCAUCGUCAUCAUUUCAACCGCAGUAAGGGUAGAUAUGAUAUCAGGGAUGAUCAGAUGCUCGAUAAGAACAUGAUCAGACGUCGCCGACUUGAAGAUGCGUAUUAUCGGGGUCGACACGACAGGCGCGAGGCUCAUGAAUAUCGUUAUCGACGAACAUCAUUGAGCCCUCGUCGAAACACAUAUGAGACCUCAUCCAGUCGCCGUGGCAGAGAUGCUGCUUACGAAUCGGGGUGUAGUGAUUCCAGUAGAUAUUAAUAAAUUUGCGUCCUGGAAUUAUCAGUAGAUUGAUUUUGUAACAAACAGCCGUGAAGUCGGUUGUUUGUGUAUGUAUAGAGAACCUAAUAUGUAUAAGUAAUGCAUGAGUGGAAUACAC